AUGAUGUUACCACGGUUAACGAAAACGUUUGAUAUCAGAAGCUGUCUAGAGAGUUCGAAGCGCAAGUCUCUGCUUAAAUACCCUUCCUAUCGUCCUUGGCUUUUCCAUCGCCAACAUGGACUUUACCCACAUUCCCACAAGCAUAGUCAUGAAGAUGAAAAGAGUUAUGCUGAACUCGUCAAAGCAUUAAAACAAAAGAAGCAAACACCAGAAGUGCGGUUGACUUGGUGGGGUCUAUAUAGUAAUAUCGCACUGAUGGUUGCUAAAGGAACCGGCGGAUUAGCUUUGCAAUCGAAUAUUUUACUUGCUGAUGCUGCUCAUCAGUUAGGAGACAUGAUUUCCGAUUUGGUAACUCUGUUUACUUUAAAAAUUUGUAGAAAGAAGCCAACUAGAGAUUAUCCAACCGGUUUUGGAAAGUGGGAAACGUUGGGAACAUUUAGUGUUUCUGGAUUGCUUCUCGCCGUAUCAGUAGGGAUUGCACAUUCUUCCGUCAGUCGAUUGUAUACAACAUUUUUUCAAAAUUCAACUUCAGUCAAUCCUGCAGAUGCGGCAGCUACAGAUGUUCAUAUAGGACAUUCACAUGAUUAUUCUGAGCUUAUUUUGCAUCAUCCUUUUAUGGCAAUGGGAAUAGCCUUUGGAAGCAUCGUUUUGAAGGAGUGGUUAUUCCAAAGAACAAAAGAAGUAGCAAGAACUACAAGUUCGAAUUUACUGAUGGCCAAUGCCUGGCAUCAUCGCGCAGAUGCAUUAACUGGUCUAGCAUCACUCGUAGCACUUUCCAGUGCAUAUUUUCUAAAUGCUCCAUGGCUAGAUCCUCUAUUUGGGUGUUUAGUCAGUACUGUUGUCUUUCGAGCUGGUUUUACUUCUUCAAGUAAAGCAUUUCAUCAAAUGUUGGACAAAGCCCCUUCUACAAAACUACAUACAACAGUCGUUGAUGUGUUAUCUAAAAAGGCAAGGUUUCCCCACGAAGUUGCUAUGACCUUGGGUAAUACACAUGCAAUUCAUGUCAUUUUGUCCAUGGCCCCUGAAUUAACAGUUCAAGAGACAUCAAAGCUGGCGAAAUCGGCUGAAGAAAUCAUAUUGGAUGCCAUGCCCUCCUUGUCAAGCUGUAUUGUCACACCUCUCUCUUCUACAUCAGAACAGAUUCAAGACUGGCGAAAACUGAAACCCGCGUCAAACAUCACGAACCAUCAACACUAA